CCCGCCGCGCCCGGCCCCGGCCUCGCCGAGGGCGAAUCGGGCGGGCCGCCGCUGUGCGGCUUCAGCGGCGCCCAGGACGCGGAGCUGGAGCUCGGCCCCGCGGAGCUGCUGCAGCGGGACGUGCUGCUGUCGGAGCUGCGCGGCUGCCGGGUGCGGCUCCGCGGCAACCCCAACACGCUGCGGGUGCGCGACUGCCGCGGCUGCACCGUGCUCUGCGGGCCCGUGUCCACCUCCGUGCUGGUGGACGGCUGCAGCGACUGCCUGCUGGCGCUGGCCUGCCAGCAGCUCCGCACGCACCGCACCGCCCGCUGCCGGGUCUACGUGCAGGUCACCAGUCGCGCCGUCGUCGAGGCCUGUUCCGAGGUCUCCUUCGCCCCCUACUCCUGGAGCUACCCGGGUAUCGAGCGAGACUUCGAGUCGUCUGGGCUCGACAGAAACAGUAACAACUGGAACCUGGUGGAUGACUUCGACUGGCUGGCGGCUGACAAGCCUUCGCCCAACUGGAGCCUGAUCCCCGAGCAGGAAAGAAUCACUUGCUGGGACUGACUGCGGGGGCAGCUCUGCCGUGCAAGGGAUCCUCGUGUAAACGCACUGAUCCACGAACUGUGGGACUUAAUCCCCCCCCGAUAUGCCAUUAAAUAAUUCCAUUCUGUAUUCCAAUUUUGAACUAUAAUAUAUGGCUGGAUUUCUUAGUUGAAGAAUACCGGUCAGAUAUUGUUUACUGUAUUUGCACAAGUCGCUGCUAUAAUCUGUAUGUAUCACUGUGGGAUUUGCCAAUUUCCGAAGUACCUCAUUGUGAGUUUUAACUUAUUGAGGUGGGGCAGAGGCCACUGGUACUCGAACAACAGUGAGCCUCUGUUAGAGCUGUUGUGCUGCUUUCACUCACCCAGGCAGGCUCUGAAUUAGCUGUGAGUAUUGCAAGCUGUACUGGAAUGAAAAGAUCAAUUACCAAAUUUUCCAUGUUUUUGUAGUUCUCAUGUUGCUGACAGCAGCAAUCUUGGGAGUGCAGGGCAGUACUGCUGUGAGGCAACGGGGCAGAAGAAGGUUCAUUUGAAGGAAGAGUUUGCAACUGCACAGUGCAGCAGACUGAGGUGCAGCCUAGGCUGUGAUACAAUGAUGAGCCAAUUUCUGUCGAUUCGAGUUAAAUCUGUAAGCUGGCUUUGAGAGAGAUAAGUCUAAAGGAAAAAGGUGCUGUAACAAACAUCUAAUGCUCUCCUGAUAUAUUGACUACUCAAAACUAA